CCAAACGAGGAGGAAGUGAGGAGAAAUGAAACAACAUUUAUAAACAGGCCUGGCCGAGCGAGGAGAAACUACGUUUGCGGGCGUUUAGACUCAGUUACUCAUUGAUGUGAACGUUAAAUGCUUCGCUGAACACUGCUAAUUCGUAUAAAACGUUAAAAUCAGUUCCUCCUUCGAGAUAGGUCGUUAAAAUAGUUGAGGUCGGAAGAGGGAAACGGGAGAAUAUGUAGGAGUUAUUUCUCUUCCUGCCCUCCUCCACUUGCUUCAGAGCGAGGAGAAACAGAAACUGCAAAAGAAACUGAUUGAACUGACAGCUGGUCAAACAGUUUGCUGCUCUUCGGUCUCAUCGGCGAUGGCGGACAGCGUUGCGGAGGAGGCCAACGGUUCCGUGGGGGCGGCGCAGGGCCACGGAGCGCAGUUGUCCGCGAGUUUGGGUAAUUCUAUAUCGGGGCAUUCAUCAGCCUCACCGCCUCCGGCAGACACCGGCCUGGCUGUGGUCGAGCCCGGGAUGGCGCAUACCAUUACUCCGGCCGUGGAGAGCGGGCUCGGUGUGCUCACCCAUGCGGUCAGCUCCACAGUCCCCGUGGCCGUUCUUCCAUCCCUGCCGCCCGGUAUCGGUUCUGGAGUCCCGGCCGGAGCGGGCCUCCUGUCCCAAAUUCACGCCACCUCCUGGGAUCCCACGUUAAGCACCGACUGGGACAACGAAAAGGCUUCUCAGCAGUGUAUUCUUCGGAUAAAAAGAGACAUUAUGUCCAUUUAUAAAGAACCCCCUCCAGGUAUGUUUGUGGUCCCAGAUCCCCAUGACAUGACCAAGAUUCACGCUCUCAUCACUGGCCCCUUUGACACACCAUAUGAGGGUGGCUUCUUCCUCUUUCUGUUUCGUUGUCCCCCAGACUAUCCCAUCCACCCUCCACGUGUCAAACUGAUCACUACCGGACACAACACUGUUCGUUUCAACCCCAACUUUUACCGGAACGGCAAGGUUUGCCUCAGCAUUCUUGGCACUUGGACUGGUCCAGCAUGGAGUCCUGCACAGAGUAUCUCCUCUGUUCUCAUUUCCAUACAGUCCCUAAUGACUGAAAACCCUUACCAUAAUGAGCCGGGUUUUGAGCAGGAAAGACAUCCAGGUGACAGCAAAAACUAUAACGAGUGCAUCCGCCACGAGACCAUGCGAGUUGCUGUGUGUGAUAUGCUGGAGGGUAAAGUGUCAUGUCCUGAGGCCUUGUGGAGCGUGAUGGAAAAAUCCUUCCUGGAGUACUACGAUUUCUAUGAGGGGGUUUGCAAAGAACGCCUGCAUCUCCAGGGGCAGAACAUGCAGGAUCCUUUCGGGGAGAAGCGAGGUCGCUUUGACUACCAGGGUUUGUUGACUCGUCUCAGAGCCAUCCAGAGGCGAUUGCGGGAAAAGUGCCCACCAGAGGACAACGAUGGCGAUUCCGACUCUGACACCAGCUCUUCUGGCACCGAUCCAGACAGUCAGGGCAGCUCACAGCCUUAGAGAGACAGCAAGGUUAGAUUGUUUCCCUUUACCUGAGCUCUGGAUACCUCAAGCGAGCACAGAUGCAAGCAGAGCUGAAACAACCUGGAGAUCCUGCUCAUGGCGAACAGUUUCAGCCUCUUUCAAAUGGUUACCGUUUUUCUUCUUGCUCCUUGUGUGCUGGCGAGUGACUGCAUUUUGUUUUGCUGUUUUUCUUCCUAAUGAAGAAAAGGUUCAGUCAGGAUGGGGAAUGAGGGCCUUGCAUAUAGAUGUAUGUUUGCGUGUGUACAUUUGUAAGUGACAAAUUAAUACUCCGGCUCUUCAGCAGGUCAAAACAGCCUCUACAUUUUCAGUCCAUGUUUAUCUCUUUUUCUGCAUCCAGUGUAGAGCUAAACUGAUAAAAAAGUCGAAUACUUAAUGAUAAUAAAAUCACUCUUACAAUUUUUUAUUUUAUUAUAAUUUUUCUUUGCAAAUACACACAUUUCCCUCUUAGUUUGUGUGUUUCCUGGUCUUUUUGUCCCACAGUAAAAUGAAAGCUUCAUAUCUCACUAAUCGUUUAAAAUAAAUAUGGUUGUGAAUUAAGAUACACGUUCAAUUCAUUAUGAAUAUCACACUUUAAGAGCAAGACAACGGAUGCAACUUUGAAAAAAAUGUACAUAUAAUUGUUCAUAGAGAAGCUUUAUUUUAAUGUUAAAUGUUCUUAAAUGCUAUUGAACUGGUGGAAGUAUCAGCAGCCUGCCAAGCACUUAUAAAAUAGGUUGCCUUUUGAGUGUUGUCGACUCGUUGGAAAUACCGUUUCGUUUGGUGAUCUUAAGUCUGUCUCUAAUCGUGAAGCUGUUGAGUGUCAAAUGAAACACCUGUUCAGUUAUUGUUCUGGGAAUAAUCCUGACUUUGCAACAUGACAAACAUACUUUAAAUGUGUUUUUUCCCUCACUCUCAGACAGCAAUUUCUCUCCAGCCUUUGCUCAGAGUGUCCCUUGAUACUGCUACAACUGUCUCUUUACCGGGGAUACUGUGGUCACUGGUGUUCUCAUAUGCAACAGGAUGAAGCUGCCUGAUACAGAAAUGGAACAAUAUUCAACUAUGGGUUAUAACUAUAUAUGCUCUGAUUAGUUUUCAUGGGAGUGCACCUAUUUUGCAACAAUCUAUUGCAAUAUAUCCCUUUAAGUAGCAGGUAUAUCAUUUCCCACAGCAUGCUAAACACAACCAAACUGUAUUCAUGUACAUUUAUACAAUUUAUUCUCAAAAAAGCAGAUUACAUAUAGUGCUCUAUUGAGUGAACCAUAUAUGACGUAACCAUACACCAACAACUCCUUCAAAAAAAAAGGUUUGUCAAAUGGGCCCAAGUAAACUUUAGAGGUUUUUGCAUGUGCUACAAUAUUGAUGCAGUUGAGAGAGAUUUUAAUCUGGUCUAGGACAUCAUAUUUUGGUAAGACAGCUAUGUUAGAUUUCCUGAUUGUUUACUUUGAAUGAACAAUUUGACAGUUUCUCUUCUAGGAUGACCCGCAACAAGAAACAGUUCCCUAACUAUUUAAGUUUGACUUUGUGAUGUACUAAUGCUUUUUCCCUUGUUGGCAAAAUGAGAAUGGAUUAUGUAAAUUAUUAAUGUAUCAAUCAACUGCAACUGUAAGGAAAAAUAUAUAAAAUUGUUUCUGAUUACAAA